AUGCAUCUGCAGCACCCAUCCCCACUCGUGAAGCUCCGGCGCUUAUUCACAGUGCUCGCCCUGAUCACGACCAGCUCCCUGAUACUGAGACCACCUCAGCGCGCGGGCGCAUGCGUGCCACGCGAGCGGGACGCCCUGCUGGACUUCAAACGCGGCGUCUCCAGCGACACCGCGAACGUCCUGGCGUCAUGGCAGGAUGAUGGCCAGGAGCAGAGCGAUUGCUGCCGCUGGAGCGGCGUCCGGUGCAGCAACCGGACCGGCCACGUCGUGGAGCUCAACCUGCGCAACCAUGCUGGCAGCCUGUACCCGCUGCAAGAAGGGCUGGUCGGCCAUAUAAGCUCCUCGCUGCUCUGUCUUCCACAUCUGCGGCGCCUUGAUCUAAGCUGGAACGCCCUGGAGGGGCCAACCGGCAGUAUUCCGGAGUUCCUGGGCUCCCUCAAGAACCUGAGGUACCUUGACCUCUCAUACAUGUCAUUUUCAGGCGCCGUGCCGUCUCAGCUCGGCAACCUUUCAAAGUUGGAGCAUCUGGACCUGUCCUACUACGGCAUAUUUGGGAAUGGAAGCACAGAGUCGUCGGAUGUUUCGUGGGCGAUACAUCUACCGAAGCUACAGUAUAUCGACCUUGGAUCCGUAAACCUAAGUGCAACGGCGAAUUGGCAUCGUGUGAUGAACAUGCUGCCUUCUUUGAGGUACCUCGGUCUGUCCCAAUGCUCGCUUUCGAGCACGAACCCCCUGUCGCUAUCGCAACUUAACCUCACAAGGCUUGAGACACUCGAUCUUUCUCAUAAUUCCUUUGACCACUCAGAAAUUGCAUCUUGCUGGUUUUGGAAUGUAACGGGCCUUCGAUACCUCAACCUUGGAGGAACCCAUCUGCAUGGCCAAAUUCCUGAGAAACUAGGACGUAUGACGUCCCUCCAAGCCCUUGACUUAUCCAACAACAAUAACCUCGAUGUAAUGGCAUCAAACUUGACAUAUUUAUGCAAUCUAGAGAUCCUAAACCUUGAACAGAGUCUCUCAUCAUACGUAAACAUUGUAGAGUUAUUCGAGUGGCUGCCACACUGUUCAUCCAGCAAAUUGAAAGAACUUCAUCUGCACAGCAACAACAUAACCGGUUGUUUACCACCAUCAAUAGAGAAAUUUACGAGUUUGAAUACCCUUUCCCUCUUCGACAACAAACUCACCGGACCUGUGCCGUCUGAGGUUGGUGUGCUCAGUAAUUUGACUACACUCGACCUAUCAAACAAUAGGCUUGAAGGUGUGAUCACAGAAGAACACUUUGUUAACCUAAACAGCUUACUGUGGAUAGACCUAUCUGAUAAUUCCUUGAAGAUCGAUGUGAACCAUAAAUGGAUACCUCCAUUCAGAUUAGAAAGAGCAUACUUCAGAUCAUGCCAUAUGGGUCCUCUCUUUCCAAUGUGGAUGGAAUGGCAAGGCAAUAUCCAUAAUGUUGAUAUAUCAAGUGCGGGUAUAGAUGAUAAGCUUCCAAACUGGUUUUGUACUACAUUUGCAAAGACUAUUGCUCUGGACAUAUCCAACAAUAAAAUUAGCGGUACAUUGCCGAAAUGCAUGGAAAUAAUGUCAGUGGAACAGCUCUAUCUCGGUUCAAAUAAACUCACAGGUGGUCAGCUACCUGGAUCAGUUUGUGAUUUGCAAAGCUUGAUUAUCUUAGAUCUAGACAAUAACCUUCUCGGUGGAGAAUUGCCAAAUUGUAAUGGGAUGAGAAGCUUGAAGUGCCUACAGUUGCGUAACAAUAGCUUCUCUGGGCAGUUUCCUUCCUUCCUACAAAGCAGCACCGGUUUGAUCCUUCUUGAUCUGUCGCAGAACAAGUUCUCAGGAAGAUUGCCAAUGUGGCUAUGCGACCUAAUGGACUUACAGUUUCUUCGACUUAGCCACAACACGUUCUCUGGGAAUAUUCCAACCAAUAUUUCAUGUCUUAAAUACCUUCAGUAUUUGAACCUGGCAAACAAUAGUAUGUCAGGUUUUAUACCUUAUCAUCUAUCAAAUUUAACAGCUAUGACGCGAAAGAACCCAUUCAGGCACACAAUGUACCCAUUGGUUGAUGCUGCGGCCAUAAUUGGUGACUUUUUGGUGAACACAAAGGGGCAAGCACUGAUUUAUCAUUCUGUAACAAUUCUGGAUGUUGUGACCCUUGAUUUGUCAUUUAAUGGAUUAACUGGUGAAAUCCCACAAGAGAUAGCUUCUCUUGAUGCUGUAUUAAAUUUGAAUCUAUCAUGGAACCACUUGGAUGGAGUAGUUCCAAAAAUGAUCGGGGCAAUGCAGUCGUUGGAGUCGCUUGACCUCUCAAAGAACAUGCUUUCCGGUGAAAUCCCUUCGAGCUUAUCAAAGCUGACAAGUUUAAGCUAUUUGGAUUUGUCUUAUAACAAUCUUACUGGAAGAAUACCACAAGGAAGUCAACUUGACACCCUGUACUCCGAGAACCCGUCUAUGUAUGACGGCAACAAUGGUCUCUGUGGUCCUCCUCUUCAUAGGAAUUGUUCAAGAAAUGAUACAUCAAGGUCGCAUGACCAGAAAAGUUACGAAGCUGGUUUUUAUCCGGUAUCCUUUCGUUUUGGACUAGCCUCGGGUUUCCUGCUGGGGCUUUGGGUUGUAUUAUGUGUUCUGUUGUUCAAGAGAUCAUGGAGGUUUGCCUACUUUCGCCUCUUCGACAAGUUAUAUGAUCAAAUAUACGUGUUUUUGGUUGUUUCUUGGAGAAGCAUGGAAAUGAGAUAUUGCAAAGGAACAAAAGUUAACACUUGA